AUGGCCUCGUCCCCUAAGAAGGUUGUUUUGAUAACAGGCGCCAAUCAAGGUGUUGGAUACGAGACAGCCAAGAACCUUCUCCGAUCUUCCAGCGACUAUCAUAUCAUAAUUGGAAGUCGCGAUACCGCAAAAGGGGAAAUUGCCGUCAACAAACUACAAUCAACUACCAUUGAAAAUGGUUCAGUCACAUUCACUCAGCUAGAUGUAACCGACACCGAGUCGAUCGAUGCUGCAGCCCAGUAUGUUGAGCGCGAGUGGGGAAGACUAGACAUCCUCGUCAACAACGCAGGCAUCGUCUCCAUGAAAAGCCCGCCCUCAACGGCUGAGUUCCGACGCACCCUAGACACCAACGUAAUCGGUGCUCUCAGUGUGACCGAGGCCUUUCUCCCACUUUUGAAGAAAGCCGCUCAUACGCCACCGCGUCUGGUCUUUGUUAGCUCCAGCAUGGGAUCCAUCGCUCACGCCGCCGAUCCAAGUUCGCCUUACUACAGUCCCCAUGUUACCGAGUACAGAGUCAGUAAGGCAGCGCUGAAUAUGCUGCUCACGGUUUAUGCGGCGCGCUUGAAGCCUGAUGGGUUCAUGGUCCAUGGGGCCGACCCGGGGCUAUGCGCUACCAACUUUACCGGCGACCCAGGUUCUCUCAAGGAUAGGGGUGCGGCGGAGCCGUCUGAUGGUGGCGAGCGUGUUGCUACUGUUAUCAGAGGGGAGCAUGAUGGAAAUGCUGGUCGUGUGAUUGGCGUUUAUGGGGUUUGUCCCUGGUAG